GCGGCGGCGCGCAGAGCUGCCCGCGCUCGCGCUGGCACCAACAUAAUGACGAUGCUGCGCGAGGCCAUGAGCGCCUACGACUACGACUCGUGCGACGAGGAGCUGCGUAACAGGCAGCGCCAAUGCAAGCGCGUCGUUGUUCAGGUGCUGGGCACUGGCGAGUACAAAGACGCGCAGGGCUACGACGGCAUCCUCG